CCAUUGACUUUUUUUUCGCGCUUCGCCAACACUUGCUCGUCACGGGGGCGUCUGAAAUUGUCAAAACAAUCUCGAAGACGAAAGCUUCUUAAUAAUUACAGGCUAAGAGACAAUCUUCAUUGAUCCUAUUAAUUUCGCUUUAUCGUCAUGUCGAUAAUGGAAUAAUUAUACAACAGAAAAUUUGUGACGUCAUCAUCAGGACUACAUUUAGUAUAUAAGUCAGGCCAGAUUGGGUGUUUUCGACAGUGACUCGUGAUUGGUGCUAAAAAGGUUUUUUUUUUCCAAGAUGGCCAGAUUUGUGUUUUUUCUGGUCGGCCUCGCCGUGCUGUGGGCCCAGGGCCUGGCAUACAGCAUACCGACACCCGAAAUCUCCCUACUCUCACCACAAGGCAUCCGCUUCGCUAUACCAACUAACCCUGGGAUCAGCCUGGUCGCCUUCCACUACAACAUUGACACACCGCUGUACAAGGUGGAUGCCGGACAGUACAAUGUCGACGUCACGUAUGCGUCAGGUGGGUACUGGGUCCACCAGAACACCGGGAUAUCUGUAGCGGGCAAGAACGUCUACUACUGGGUUCUGGUCGUGUAUAACGGCGGUGGCUACACGCUGACUGAACAGUCGUGGUCCGACGGAACUGCACCGGUGGUGACUCAAGCGCCGCCUGCGCCGGUAUCACCCACGACAUCCUCGGGAACAGUGACCAGCGCGCCCGGUGGUGGAUCUGGGGGCGGCGGUAGUGUGGCACCGGGAUGUUCCAGUUACCCGUGCGACGCAGCCUGCGACAUGACCGUCAUGCCGUGCAAUGGACUGCUCUUUGAAGACACCUUCGACACGUUCAAUCUGGAUGUGUGGGAGCACGAAAUCACGGCCGGUGGCGGCGGGAACUGGGAGUUUCAGUACUACACCAAUAACCGCUCCAACAGCUAUGUCAGAGACAACACACUGUUUCUGAAGCCGACAUUGACCUCUGACAAAUACAGUGAGUCGUUCAUCACAUCUGGAACCCUGGACCUUUGGGGUGCUGCACCCGCAGAUUUGUGCACAGGGAACGCCUACUACGGCUGCCAGCGGUCCGGCUCAUCGAGCAAUGCCGUCAACCCAGUGCAAUCGGCGCGUGUGAGAACCGUCGAUUCCUUCGCCUUCAAGUACGGCAGGAUCGAAGUGGAAGCCAAGAUGCCGACCGGUGACUGGCUCUGGCCUGCAAUAUGGCUUCUACCCAAGCGUAACUCGUACGGAGGCUGGCCCGCAUCGGGCGAGAUCGACAUGGUGGAGAGUAGAGGAAAUUUGAAUCUGUUUGACGAGAGCGGCGUGAAUGUCGGAGUCAAUCAGAUGGGAUCCACAAUGCAUUGGGGCCCGUACUGGCCGCUGAAUGCCUGGCCCAAAACACACGCCACCAAAAAUUUGGACAGUGGUCACUUUGGCAUGGGAUUCCACAAGUACGCGCUGGAGUGGACUUCAAGCGGAAUGAAGUUCUACGUUGACGAUGAGCUGCUUCUUGACGCGGAUCCUGGGGCCGAUGGAUUCUGGGAAUUCGGCGAGUUUGAGACUGUUCACCCUGGAAUAGACAACCCCUGGGUCGGCUCCAGCGCCAAGGUGGCGCCCUUCGACCAAGAAUUCUACAUCAUUCUCAACGUGGCCGUCGGAGGAACCAACUACUUUUCCGACAACCUGGUCAACACCGCCUACGACAAACCCUGGUUGAAUUCCUCUCCGACCGCUCUCCUUGAUUUCUGGAACGCUAAGGACCAAUGGUAUCCGACCUGGAACCCUACCGUCAACAAGGGCGAGGAUGCCGCCAUGCAAAUCAAGUCUGUUCGCGUCUGGGCCAUCUGAGGUCUCUAGACAAUUAUUUAAAACUUUUUAGCACUUUGUUGGAAGGCCUGUUAUUUGUAAAGAUUUUAUUUGGUUUUGUUAUUUUUAUCGAAACGGAUUUUAGUUUCCAAAAUGUUAUAAUUGAAAUGAACCUAGGAGCUGGUGUGAUCACGAGAAAUUCCUUGUUAAACAAAUAAACAAGGCGAUUCCUUGCACAAAAUGUGAUUUGAAAAAACGCUUUUGGUCAACUUAUUGACAGAUAAAAAGUGAUCUAAAAGCUCAGAAAACAUUUACAUAAUUUCAAUACUUCUUGGAAAAUUUUAAAAAAGUGGUUAAUACUUUUCUUUUUGUUAAGGCUAAAUGAAAUUAGCAAAUAUGUAUACACAUGUAUAUUGUUUCCAAAUCCAACCAAUUGAUAAACUUGUAUUAAGUUGAAAAUGAAUAAAAAACAAAAUUUAU